AUGCGCAACACGCUCAUUUUCGCCGGCAACUCAUGCCCAGCUCUCACAGGCCAAAUAUGUGAGAACUUGGGCAUGACUCCUGCCCAAGCGGAGCUGACCCAAUUCUCCAAUGGCGAGACAAGUGUCCGGAUCCUCACAAGCGUCCGAGAGAAGGAUGUCUUCGUUGUCCAGUCUGGGAGUCCCAGGAUCAACGACUCCAUCAUGGAGUUGCUCAUCAUGAUCUCUGCUUGCAAGGGUGGCUCUGCCAACAAGGUCACAGCUGUGCUCCCGUACUUCCCCUACAGCCGACAGUCCAAGAAGAAGUCUCCCAGAGGAGCUAUUACCGCAAGGAUGCUGUCCAACUUGCUGGGCGUUGCUGGAGUUAAGCACGUCAUCACCGUGGACCUUCAUGCCUCGCAGAUGCAAGGCUUCUUCAGGUGUCCCGUUGACAACCUCCAUGCUGAACCCAUUAUUGCCAAAUGGAUCAAGCGAAAUGUGCCAAAUUGGCGAGAGGCUGUGGUGGUGUCCAAAAACCCUGGUGGUACAAAGCGAGUUACGUCACUUGCGGAUGCUCUCAAGCUGAACUUUGGGCUGGUCACCACCGACAGGAGACGCGGAACAAAUAUGACAGGCAGCAUGAUCAUGAACCAUCUCGAUGGGCUUGAUCAGCGGAGUACUAGAGUUGUGACCGACUCGCAAGGUUCGCCUAUUCGGUCUAGCGAUUUGUCGACAAGUGCGACGAAUCUUGCUGAUCCUGUCCAAGCAGAUCAACCCGCAACAAGGCGAAAGAGCGCUGUGCAUCUCGACUCUGACUAUGAUGAUCGUCGUGCCCAAGAAGUCAUUCAUGGCCGGCUGAUUCAAGGCCACAUUGUCGAAGAUGACUUCCCGUCUCCGGGACGAUCUACGGCGGGUAACAGCGUGCAGGGCGAUGAUCCGAUGACCAUGUCUCAUGCUUCAUCCUUCUUUGCGCCCGAUCGUCAGUCGCUGGCCGGCGGCGCCAACGGUGAAAGCAGCUCCGACGAGGAAGACAAUGCUUUCGAGGAUCCUAGGGCAGAGCACAUGAUCACGCUGGUAGGAGACGUGAGAAAUCGCACCGUCUUCAUAGUCGAUGACAUGAUUGACAAGCCAGGGUCGUGGAUCGCAGCGGCUGAGACCGUCGUCAAGAAAGGCUUGGCCAAAAAGGUGUAUUGCAUUGCUACCCAUGGUGUCUUUGGCGGAGACUGUUUGGAGCAAUUGCAAGCAUGCGAGUGCAUCGACACCAUUGUUGUUACCAACAGCUUCCCCAUCAACGAGGAACGAGUGAGAAACUCGAGUAAGCUGGUCAUUUUGGAUCUCUCCUUUCUCCUGUCCGAAGCCAUCCGCCGAAAUCAUUAUGGCGAGUCCAUUUCUCCCUUGUUUCAACAUAUCGGAGAUUGA